AUGGAUAUCCCUCCGCAUCUUGCUGGCGGAGCUCCGCGCCGGCAUCGUCGUCCGCUUACGGUAGACGAAGCUCUCCAGUAUACGCCGCUGUCUUCUAUCCCGCCAUUUGGCCCAGGUGCGCUUCUGGCACCUACACCCGGCAUAAAAUCACUUAAUGCUCUCGACUCUCCUCGCACGCCCACUGUACGCCCAUCGUCUACCCCUGCUCAGCCUAGCAUUUUGCCUCGUGAUCCGAAGAUGAACCAAGAUUCUACACCGAUUAUACAAGUAAAACCUCCGACUGCGGAUUCAUCAGUAAAGCCGGGAACAACGCCAUCGAUUGUACUGCCCCAGCUCUCUCCUACACGCCAGACCCAAUACCAGACCUUUCCAGAUGUCGAUGAGUCCAUAAAGGCGGAGGCUCAAAGGGCAAUGAAUUCCAAAAGCGAGCAGCACAUCGAAGCGCCGAAGAGUCAAUUGUUUGCAAAUGGUCCGGACUCAAGAGCUAGAUCUGAAGCAUGCAUUCGGCAUGCUCAAGAUCUAAUGUUCACAAUCUUUGAAGCAGAAGACCGGUUACAACCUGACACAUCAGGACUCACCUCAACAGACGAUUUCCGUGUUUUCUUGCCAAUGACCUAUGGCGAGUCCGAUGCUGCCAUAAUUUCCCCUGAAAUUCAGUCAAAACUAGAAAGUGGAAUCCAGAAAGUAUCGACCCUUCAUCUUCUUCACGAGAUUCCUGUGGAGCACCUGAGUCGCCUUCAGAAAAUCUGUGAAGGGGCCCUGGGACAUGUCGAUACGCUUAAUUUGAAGCUUGAAGAUGGCGCGGGUGCGGACGAGGUAGAAAGAUUUCUACAAAAGCUGGAAAUAGCUCAAGCUAUACUUCGUUCGGCAAGGCUGUCGUUGAGGAUCUUGACUGGCGGCCGUGAAGAGAAGCAGCUCUAUGCUGAAGGACACUUACAGAGCGUCCUCAACUGUCUGAAGAAUAUUUUGGAAACCUGUGUGGUGCCUGUGGUCGAAAUGCGAAGUUCAGGGGAAGCCGCUGACAAUUUCAAGGCUUUAAGCUCACACAAGAAGCAAAUUUCCACUUUGUUGCAUCACUGUGGCAAAGUACUCACGCUACUCGCCGAUCUUUUGGUCAAGGUCGAAGUCUCUGAGCAGAUCGUCACAAUGGCCGAAUUCAUGGCGUCCGCAUUGAUCUUUGUCGAGAAUGCGCCAAACGAGAAGGAGUCUAUUCUGGGGAUCCAGAAGUUUGAGCUUCUGAGGCGAGUUGGCAUGGACGUGCUUGCAAAGAUAUUCUCCAAGUAUCCAGACCAACGAACAUUUAUCUUUGACGAGAUCUUGUCGUCAUUGGAAAAGCUCCCUGUGACUCGCCAGAGUGCGAGGCAGUAUAAACUUGAUGAUGGCAAAAGCAUUCAAUUAGUCUCGGCUCUUAUUAUGAGACUGGUUCAAUCAAGCUCCACCGCGGAUUGUUCAGAUCAACAAGGAAGAAAAUCUCCGCUCAAACUCGCUCGGGAUGACAUCGAUAACGAGGAUUCAUUUGCGGGGCGGGACGAAACGACCUCCGGAAAGAUGAGAACUAAUCCAUCCAACGCUGUCGAAAGGUUGAUUGAUCUGGCCCGACCUUUGCAUGACAAUGCUUACAAUAACGCGCACUACGUAAUAAAAUACCUUGUCCAACGAGGGCAGACGUCAAGCAAAAGCGGGGAUCAGCCGUAUCGGAACCUUCUGGAUAUUUUUACCGAAGAUUUUGUCAUCGUCCUCAACUCUGUUGAUUGGCCAGCAGCGGAGCUACUACUUAGAGCAUUGCUAGUCAAUAUGAUUAGUAUUUCAGAAAGUGAAAAGAGCUCAGCCCCUGCUAAAAACAUGGCACUGGACUUGAUGGGUUUGAUGGGCACAGCUAUAUCUGAUGUUAUUUCAUCAACAAGGCAAAUGGCUCGGAAUUUGGAAAUCAAUGAUCUGCCGAGCGAAGUUGAUCUUGGACAGCUCGCCGAAGAAGCACUGAAUGGAAAGCUCCAGGUGGUCGAUCUCCUUGGAUGGAAAGGACCUUACAGAAUUGCGCUGGAGCACCUGAGGUUGGUGGAUAUCGGCGAGCAUCAAAAUCAGAGCAUCGGCUUUCUCCUGAUGCAAUGGGCAAAGUCAUUAUGGACUGCAUUCGAAUUGCUGGACGAGCAUGAUAGAGAAGAGAGCAUGGGUGAGACGUACGGUCGCAUAGCUUUUCAUCUUGAGCAAUCAAUACUAGAUAUAACGCAUCUGUAUGAUGAAGGUGACCGAGAAAAUCAGCCAUCGGGUCGUGGCCGUCUCGCGUAUUCUACAGCUCUUCUUAAUAUGCCAUUUUGCAAACUCUUCGAUAGGGUUCUUAGUAUUUUACUGCGAUCAAUGAGCAGCGAUCAAGCUACCGUCCGAAGUCGCAGUCUUAAAAGCAUCGUUCAGCUUUUGGACAAGGAUGCCACAAUACUAGACCGCGGGGCCUACGUAAUGCGCCAUAUCCUUGCUUGCGCGAUGGAUAAAUCACCUCUAGUCCGAGACUCCGCCAUCAGUCUCUUAGGCAAAUGUCUACAGCUGAAACCAACCCUUCAUGACGAAAUAGUUGGUGUUCUCCUUCCUAGAACGGGUGAUCCCGCCAUUGGAGUCCGAAAGCGCACCAUGAAGCUUUUGAAAGAUAUUUAUCUUUCUAGCAGUAAAGGCGAAGUGAAAGUGGUCAUCGCGGACAACCUUCUGCAACGAGUUAAAGACACAGAAGAGAGCGUAUGCGAACUUGCUCUGCAGAUUCUCGAAGAAGUUUGGAUGUCACCUUUCUACAACCUUGCCGAGGGAACCGAAACCUCCGUUACCACUCCUUUGUCUCUGCGAGACCACGUUGCAUUAAUAGUCAACACUGCCCAACGCGGAGAUGCUGUUUCGGCUGUUCUCGAAUCUCUUCUGCGGAAUCUCCUGCGCAGAGAGGCGAAGAACUCUCAAGCGAACAAUCGAGUCUGCAAGAUCAUAGUCAACAAUAUGUUUGAUAAUCUUGUAGACAGUGGAGACUCGCCAGAGAAAUUGAACGGGCAGUCUAUUUUACAGACCUUGACUAUUUUUGCCAAGGCCAAUGCAAGGCUUUUUGAUGCAGAGCAACUGGAGCUGCUACAACCCUAUGUGGAGAACCUUUCCAACUGUGACGACCUGGUCGUUUACAGAUCAAUCAUUGUCAUUUUUCGCCAUACGUUCCCAUUCUUGCCUAGAUUACAACAAGGUUUCCUCAAGUCUGUUCAGGACGCUCUUCUAAAGAGCAUUUCUAGACUUGGCAAAAACGAGCUUAAAGAAGUUGUGCCAUGUCUUUGGACGAUUAACGGAGUUCUACGUAAUACUGACAGACUGGCGAAACUUACCAUUUCAUCUAUAAAACAGGUUCAUGCUGCAAAGGCGAUAAAUUUCGCGGAUGCGCAGCAGGCGAAGGCUUUGAUCAGAGUCAAGCGAUACAUGAUGAUAUCUGGUGCCUUUGGACAGUAUUGCAACUUCGAGAAUGACCCUAGACUUUUCAAAGAGUCGUUUCCAUGGUGGAAGGGGACCUCGGUCUCUGGGCUUCUUGUCGAUAUCCUGACGCCAUUCACAAACCCAAAGCAGCCACUUGAGCUUCGAAAAUCCGCGCUGGACAGCGUCGGUAUGAUCUGCCAGGCCUGGCCGAGAAAUUACCUCAAAGAGCAAGUGAAUAGUGCUUUUGAGAUAGUUUUCGCUCAGGGCGACCGAGAACUCGAGGAAAUCGUUCUGCGCAGCUUUAAAGGAUUUCUGUUGAAAGAAGAACAACGAUCUGAAGACAAUGAAGAUCUCUUUGGUGGCGAUGGCACGAUGUUAGAGGGAGGCCGACUCGAGAACUCGUUGGUGGCUGGUGAGAAUGAUGGUGUCUCUACAUCUAUCGCACAGCGAUUUUUAGGGAAAGUUCUCCGGGUAGCACUUGCAUCCCAGGACGGAUACGCUUUGAUUGCAGCGGAAAUUCUUGGAAGCAUCAAUCGGCAAGGCCUUGUCCAUCCGAAGGAACUGGGCCCAACUUUGGUUGCCUUGGAGACAUCGGGCAACGCUGCCAUUGCCAGUUUGGCUUUGGCAGAGCAUCGAGUCUUGCAUAGCAAACAUGAAAGUAUGCUCGAAAAGGAAUACAUGCGAGCUGUAAAUCAAGCGUUCCUCUACCAGCGAGAUACUUUGAAAGACUUAUCCGGAGCAAGAAGCAACCCAUGCAGCGCGAAGCUUAAACCCCUCUUCGAAGUUAUCAAGACAGGGAAUGGCAAGCUCCGGAGGAAGUUUCUGUCUAAUCUUUGUGCAAAGCUGAACUUUGAGCCGGGCACGUUAGAGGUGAAGGAUACAGCCCCUGUGCAUCUACAGUUCGUGAGGUUCGUUGUUGAAAAUAUUUCCUUCUUCGACUACGGACGACUCGAUGAGCUACAACUCGUCGUGGCUUGCCUGGAGAAAAUUGUUGCAGGGACAGGAGCGGGUGUGGCUCACGCCAUUGAGACUGAUGUGCUCCAGCUGGUGAACAACGUGGCCGGUAACGGGAUAGAAGAGCCGAAGGCCAUUGGUGUUGAGCAGUCAAAGAAUCUUCAAAGAUUACAGCAGCUGACUGCUGCCGCCAUGAUUCUUUCAUUAUUGUGGGAGACCAGGACCUUUCUUCGCCGCCUCUACGGUCUCCAAUCGAUAGAGAAACCGCGCGAAAGCAAGGGUAAAGGCCAAAGCAAGGAUCUCACCAAAGCUCCAAUCAAGACACACAGUGCCAGCGGGGAGUCAUACUUAAGCCAGGUUGUACAAAUUAUGGCAAGCUUAGAGAAUUCUGACUCAAUGUCUGAACGAUGCAAGCGAUUUGUCGCGCUGUUGUCAAUCGAUGACGAGCUAAAGGUUGCUGCGGAAGACGAAGAAGACCUUGACCCAACGGCCAGACUAGGAACGCCAAUUGCAGAAGAGGAAGAUUACAGUCCUGCGCCUCCCAGUGCAGACUCAAGAAGCUCCAAAAGGAAGGGAUCCUUCCUCGCGGACUCGACACCGAAAAAGGCACGGAGAGGCUCACGGCCCUCCCUUGCCCUGGCUUUCUGUGGUCUAUUCGUCAUCUUUAGCGGCACCAUCAUUCUUGCUAUUAUCAUCUACGAUGCGAUCCAGACUCGGGAAGAUUUAACUCACGCUGACAUUCCGGUGGCCGAAAUGGCUUUGAAUCCUCGCACGGGUGGUCCGAAGAAUCUACCCAUUGCCGAGAUUCUGGUUGAUGACGAAGAUACCCCUGACAUGGUUAAGCAGAAAGACAAGCCUAGGCUUGUCAUUCUGGGCAGUGGCUGGGGCAGCGUCGCGCUGCUGAAAACCCUGAAUCCGCAUGAUUACCAUGUUACCGUUGUUUCUCCGAUCAAUUAUUUCCUGUUCACGCCCAUGCUUCCUUCAGCCACAGUCGGUACUUUGGAACUGCGCUCUCUCGUAGAACCUAUCCGUCGCAUUGUCAAGCGGAUACACGGGCACUUCCUUAGAGCGCGCGCAGAAGACAUCGACUUUUCCUCGAAGCUUCUAGAGGUGUCACAGUUUGAUGAAACUGGGAACAAGCGGCACUUCUACCUUCCGUAUGAUAAGCUGGUGAUCGCAGUUGGUAUUCGAAGCCACAUUUUGAACACUUAUGAUGAAGCCCUUUCACGCUACGCUGAAGAACGUUUUGCCCAUGACGAUGUGCAGGUGAUGACGAACUCGCGCGUCGAGGAGGUCAAGCCUGAUCGAAUCAUCUUCACGCAAAAGGAUGACGAUGGCAAGAUUGUGAGAAAAGAACUUCCGAUGGGUUUUUGUCUGUGGUCGACUGGCGUCACGCAAACGCCCUUCUGCAAGAAGAUCAGUGAUAAACUUGGAGACCAUCAGCAAAACCGUCACGCUCUUGAAACUGAUACACAUCUCCGAUUGAUUGGCGCCCCAUUGGGCGAUGUCUAUGCCGUUGGUGACUGUGCCACCGUUCAAAACAACGUGGCUGAUCAUCUUGUUACGUUUUUGCGCACGCUUGCAUGGGAAAAAGGCAAGGAUCCUGAGAGCAUGGAACUCUCAUUUGGGGAGUGGCGCAACGUCGCAUCCCGAGUCAAGGCCCGUUUCCCUCAGGCUGCCGAUCAUUUGCGACGCGUCGACAAGCUCUUUGAGCAAUACGAUCUGGACAAGUCUGGCACACUCGACUUUGGCGAGCUCACAGAACUAUUGAAGCAGAUUGACUCCAAGCUCACGUCUCUUCCUGCCACCGCUCAGCGCGCUCACCAGCAAGGUCAAUACCUUGGUCGCAAAUUCACAAAGAUUGCACAUGCUGCCCCUGGUAUGAUGCUCAAUCAGGUGGACUAUGGUGAUCUUGAUGAAGCCGUCUACAAGGCAUUCGACUACAAGCACUUGGGAAGCUUGGCCUAUAUUGGCAACGCUGCUAUUUUUGAUAUCAACGGCCACAGUUUCGGUGGUGGACUGCUUGCUGUCUAUCUCUGGCGCAGUAUUUACUUUGCCCAGAGUGUCAGCCUGCGGACCCGUAUCCUGCUUGGUAUGGACUGGACGAAGCGUGCCUUGUUUGGAAGAGGUAAGUGUCAACGGUUUUUAAUCCAUCAUCACCCUUGA